GCCGUUUUGUUUCGUCUCGAUUCGCUUGGUUUUUCUCGCAGAGCCCGCGCCGUCAAACACCCACGCUCCCCCGCUCGCUCGCGCCAACACGUGUAGGAGACCCGGAGAAGAGGGAGGCAGAGAGGAAGAGUCUAGAAAUCUCUCGGAGAGCGUAGCUAGCUAGCCUCGUCGGUUUCUAUGGGGGCGGGGAAGGAGGCUCCCGGCGGCGUCGAGGGCGCCGCCGAGCCGCCGCCGCCGGUCGUGCUCAAGAUGGUCUUGCAUUGCGCCGGCUGCGCCAAGAAGGUCCGGAACAGCAUCAAGAGCAUGCCUGGUGUGCAGUCGGUGGUGGCCGACGUCGCGGCGAACAGGGUGGUCGUGGCGGGGACGGCCGACGCGGCCGCGCUCAAGGCGCGGAUCGAGUCCCGGACCAAGAAGCCCGUCGAGAUCGUCUCCUCCGGCGCCGGCGCCGGCCCGGCCAAGCCCGCAGCAGCCCCCGCCGCGGCCGAGAAGAAGAGCCCCGACAAGGAGGGCGACAAGAAGAAUCCCGACAUGGGCACCGGCGGAGCCGACAAGGGGGAUAAGGCCGGCGCCUCCAAGCCGCAGCCGCCCAAAGAGGAAGACGCGGCCAAGAAGCAACCGCCCACCCCCACCCCCACCGAGGAGAAGAAGCCCACGGAGCUCCAGGAGACCACGGUGCUGCUCAAGAUCCGCCUCCACUGCGACGGCUGCGCCGACCGCAUCAGACGCCGAAUAUACAAAAUCAAAGGGGUCAAACAUGUGGAGCUGGAGGGCAAUGCCAAGGACGAGGUGAAGGUCACGGGCACCAUGGACGUCCCCGCCAUGGUGGCGUACCUCACAGAGAAGCUCAACCGCGCCGUCGAGGCCGUCGCGCCCGGCAAGAAGGACAAGGGCGCCGGCGACGAGAAGAAGGACAACAAGGGCGCCGGCGACGGCGAGAAGAAGAAAGACAAAGCGGCGGCCGGCGACCACGUCGUCAUGAGCCAGGACAAGGGGAAAGGCAUCGAGGUGGCGGGCCCGUCCAUGGCGUCGGCCGCGGCCUCCGUGGCGCCCGCGCCGGUCCAGGCGAGGACGCACCACGUCUCGCCGUACGGCCAAGUCCCGUACCCGCAGCCGCAGGGCCCCCCGCCCAGCUACUACAGCCCCUACGGCGGCAAUGCCGACGGCGCGGGGUACGCCGGCGCCGGCGGCUACUACCAACAACAACAACACCCCAGCGCCAACGCCGGCGGCUACUACCAGCAGCAGCACCCGGGCGGCGACGCCGGCAGCUACUACCAGCAACCAAGAGAGGCCGGCAGCUACUACCAGCAGCAGCACCCCAGCUCAGGCGGCUACUACCAGCAGGAGCACCCCAACCCCCAGGCGUACCAGCCGUACCCGCCGCCCUACCACUUCGACACGGCGCCGCCCUCGCAGAUGUUCAGCGACGAGAACCCCAACUCCUGCUCCGUCAUGUGACGCGACCCGCCGCCCGAAAAUUCACUCAUCAGCGCCGACGACCUGCGCCGGCCAGCCGGCCGGGAGAGAAGAUCAAUGCUGACAUAGUAGCAGACAGCGACGAGGCUCUCCACUAGCUUAGCUUAGCUCUAGUUACUUGGAUCGGAGGCAUCCGUCCAUCCAUGAACCGAUGCGUGCCUCCGAUCAAAUUUUGGUUCCCCCUGCCUUUUCUCUGCUGUCUCUGCCCCUGAUCGACCAUUGUUCGUUCCUGCCACGAGCUCCAUUGGUUAAUUAACUUGAUUCUAA